AUGGACGGGCCGUGCACUCUACUCAUCCACUCGGACAAAACACAGCCGCUCAGUGCGGCCGACAUCAAGGGCCAACUCCAGAAUGGCACCCUCGCGCAGCGGCUGGAGGCGAUGAAGCAGACGAUCCAGCUCACCGUGAAUGGGGACAACAUGGCCGGGAUCUCCAUGGCCAUCUUCCAGUCCAUCAUGCCGCUCAAGGAUCACAUGCUCAAGAAGCUCGUUCUGCUGUACCUCGAGGUGUGCGAGAAGACCAGCCGCGAUGGCAAACUGCUUCCCGAGAUGAUCCUCGUAUGCCACCAGCCACCACCAGCCACCAAGGUGGAGGAGAGGGCGGGAGAACCCAACGCCCUCCGGAACGACCUCAACCACCCCAACGAGUACAUCCGCGGGUGUGCUCUGCGGUUCGUGUGCAAGCUCAAGGACGUCGAGCUGCUGGAGCCGCUCGUGCCCUCGGUGAAGAACAACCUGGACCAUCGCCACACGUACGUGCGCCGCAACGCCGUCCUCGCCAUUUUCAGUCUCUACCGAAGCUUCGACUACCUGCUGCCCGACGCCCCCGAGAUCAUCUUCAACUUCCUCCAGAAGGAGGGGGAUGCCUCGUGCCAGCGGAACGCCUUCCUCAUGCUCCUCAACUGCGCCCAGCCCAAGGUGGUGGAGUACCUGGAGACCAUCACGGCCGACCAGGUGCUCGGGUUUGCCGACACGCUGCAGCUGAUGGUCAUGGAGCUCAUUCGCAAAGUGUGGCACAGUAAGCCCGACGCCCGGGCCAAGUACCUGCAGUGCGCCUUCACCAUGCUCAAGUCGUCCACCCCGUCGGUCCAGUUCGAGAGUGCCACGACGCUCGUCAGCAUGACGUCAGCCCCGACUGCGAUCAAAGCUGCCUCCAUCGCCCUCAUCAAGCUGCUGUGCAGUGAGAGCGACCUCAACAUCAAGCUGAUCGUGCUCGACCGCCUAGCCGCUCUCAAGAACGACCACCAGAAGGUGAUGCAGGGCCUGAUCAUGGAUCUGCUGCGUGCGCUCUCCUGCCCCAACAUGGACAUUCGCAAGAAGACGCUCGCCAUUGCGCUCGACCUGGUCACCCCGGCCAAUGUGGACGAAGUGGUCCUGAGCCUCAAGAGGGAGAUCAACCGGGCGCAGGACGAAGACGAUAAGGGCGAGUACCGCCAGCUGCUGAUCCGCUCGAUUCACGCGUGUGCGGCGAGGUUCUCGGGCGUGGCCAGGAACGUGGUCCACAUGCUCAUGGAGUUCCUGAGCGACAGCAACACUCUCGCCGCCGUCGAUGUCGUCACCUUCGUGCGCGAGGUCAUGCAGACCUAUCCCGCCCUGCGGCAAGACGUGCUCAAGAACCUCUUGAGCUACCUCAAGUCCGUCAGUUCGUCACGGGUACUGCGGGGUGCCCUGUGGAUUAUUGGAGAGUUCUCGGUAUCCUCCGAAGAGAUCGACCUGGCCUUCACCAUCAUCAAGGAGGAGCUGGGCGACCUGACGACGGCGGGACAAGACGGCCCCGAAACGAAGGAGGCCAAGCAUCAGCAGCAGCCGCCUUCGCCGCCGCAGCCACAGUGCUCGGGCAACAAGGUCUUGUCGGACGGUUCGUACGCGACGCAGUCCGCGUUCACGGAGGAGGCGGUGGUGGCGGUGGAGAAUGUGGGGUCGCCGCUUCGCCAUCUGAUCGUGGCGUCGGGGGACUUCUUCCUGGCGUCGGUGUUGGCCACGUGCCUGACCAAGCUGGUGAUCCGCUCCUACGGGGCGCCGGACAUCAAGAUCGCGGCCAAAAACUCGUUCUGUGUCGAGGUGCUCCUCGUCCUGACGGCCCUCCUCAAGCUCGACGACCGCCCACACGCGGCCACGCUGGAGGCCGGUGGCGGCAGGGGAGGCGGCGGCGGCGGCGGCUGUGGUCCCACAGACCCCGACUCGUACGCGCGCGUGUGCCUAUGCAUCAAGACGCUGGCCUCGCCGCACGUGCUGGUCUUUGGCGAGCAGGCCUUCCUCCGCGACUGCCGCGACUCCUUCGCAUCCCUCCUGCUCGAGCAGCGCCGCGACAAGGAGGAGCGCGACGCCAAGAAGGAGAAAAAGGUCGAGGUCCAGGCCGACGACCUCAUCUCCCUCCACCACCUCCUCCUGGGCAGCAAGCUCGCCACGGGCGACCACGGCAAGGACCUCGAGGCCAUCGACCUCAUCCGCGCCACGGGCUUUGUCAACGCGCCCCCCGACGAGGGCCAGCGGCUGGAGCGGCUCUUCCAGCUCACCGGUUGGUCGGACCCGGUCUACGCCGAGGCCUACAUCAACGUGCAGCAGUAUGACAUCGUGCUCGAGGUGUUGAUUCUCAACCGCACCGCCGACACACUGCAGAACGUGAGCAUGGAGCUGUCCACCAUGGGCGACCUCAAGCUCUGCGAGCGACCCCAAAACUACACCAUCGCUCCCUUCGGUUCGGUGCAGAUUAAGGCCGACAUCAAGGCAAGCACCCCCGGAAGUUCUCAGCUCCGGCUUGUGGUAUCCUCCACGGAGACGGGAGUAAUCCUGGGCAGCCUCGUGUACGACGUGGCGGGGAGUGGUGGUGACACCAACUACAUCGCCCUGAACGACAUCCACAUCGACAUUCUCGACUACAUCACUCCCGCCCACUGCACCCAUCCCGACUUUCGCGCCAUGUGGGCCGAGUUCGAGUGGGAGAACAAGGUCGUCGUCAACACCAACUUCACAGACCUGAAUGCCUUCCUGGACCACAUCCUGCAGACCACCAACAUGAACUGCCUCACCCCGAAGAAGGCCCUGGAGGGCCACUGCGGGUUCCUGGCCGCCAACCUCUACGCCCGUAGCAUCUUUGGCGAGGAUGCCCUGGCCAACCUGAGCAUCGAGAAGCAGCCCGAUGGCAAGGUGCAGGGCUUCAUCCGCAUCCGAAGUAAGGCGCAGGGCAUUGCGCUCAGCCUGGGCGACAAGAUCAACCUCCACCAGAACAGGCCCAAGAAGUGA